AUGAGACUUUUUCUGCUAUUCAUUGGUGCAAUUUUGGCUCAAGAUGUUGUUAUUGUGGUGAAUGGCACUCCCAAAGUCGUCAACUCAUCCCAACAACCACAGCCAAAUCUCUCAAAUUCGACACCUCCACACAGGCCUAGAAGACCCCGACCGCAAUCUGAACAACCCGGACAACCACCAUUUAAACCACAGCAAUCACCCGCCUCUCCACCACAAUCACCUCAGACUCAACCACUUCCACCUCCACCUCCACCAGCUCCAGCUCUAGUUCCGGCUCCAGUUCCAGCUCCACCAGCUCCAGCUCUAGUUCCAGCUCCAGUUCCAAUUCCAGCUCCACAACCAUCGCCAGCUCCUCAACCACAACCAUCACCUAUGCCUCAACCACAACCCAUGCCAGUGCCAGCUCCAGCUCCAGUCCUAGCUCCGGCUCCAGCUCCAGCUCCAGCUCCAGCCCCCGCUCCAGCUCCAGCCCCCGCUCCAGCUCCAGCUCCAGCUCCAGCUCCAGCUCCAGCUCCAGCUCCAGCCCUAGCUCCGGCUCCAGCCCCAGCACCAGCCCCAGUUCCGGCUCCAACUCCAGCUCCAGCUUCAGCCCCAGCUCCAGCUCCAGCACCAGCUCCAGCCCCAGCUCCAGCUCCAGCUCCAGCUCCAGCUCCAGUUCCAGCACCAAUCCCUCCUCAACCACAACCAGCUCCGGCUCCUGUUCCAGUUAUAACUCCAUUCCCAGCACCCAUGCCUCAGCCACAGCCUCAGCCUCAGCCUCAGCCACAGCUUCAGCCACAGCCUCAGCCACAGCCACAACCGCAGCCUCAACCGCAGCCUCAACCGCAGCCUCAACCCCAGCCAAGUCCUGCACCAAUGAUGCCCCAGCCUCAGCCUCAACCUCAGCCCGUUCCAGCAUCUGUAGCCAUUCCAUCUUCAGCUCCUAUGCCAUUCAUCACUUUCCCGUCUCGACCAUUGCAAAGAUUCCCCUUUCCACCACGAUCGUGUCGGCCAACUUGCCAACAAAUCCCUGUUUUCACAACGGAAUUCUCCGAUCAUGAUCCGUGCACAUGGACAUUCCGACGUGGUUCUCAAUCAUUGAGCUGUGAUCGUUGUUGCCGCAGUCAAAUCUCUUCUCGUCACUGGAAUCGGGUCAGUUUU